GAUUUUUUCUAAUCGUUUCCACAGCGCGUCCCAGAGUUAAUAUUGUUACUGUUCCUUUAAGACCAACUCUGACGCCUACGUACGUCCAAACGCCAUUGGCUAUUCCACUUCCGUACAUUUCCAGCAGCUAAGCAUGGCAGCAGGAGAGCUUUGGAACAGGGUAAACAUUUCAUAUCCCUGUGCGACUUCAACCGUCCGCAUACAGUUUACUUCAACAACAGGUUAGAAAGUUAGAACCGAACACGUCUCACGUUGCUGCGUGUUAGAAUUUUCAAAGCCCUGCUGUUGGAAAACAACGAGGUUCUGACGCUUCUUCACAGUAAGGUCCUUCAGACGGAGAUCCGGGUUCUCUACGAGCUGAUGUACAUCCUGAACAACAGCUUCAGGGGCAACAAGACCUUCAAGGGUUUGCAGCAGGUUGAACAAUGUGUAAACAAACUGAAGAAUAUGAGGCUUGAUGGUGCUCUUCAGGACCUGGCAGAACUGUCCCCAAAUCGGAUUCAAAUGGCGUUGUGCAAGAAGACAGGUGAGUGUGAUGUUCCGAGUCAACCCGUUCUGGAGUGGACCUGUCUCAAAUUGCUGGGAGCUGGUAAACUGCUCAGCUGCACUUUGUCUCGCUGCAGCAGAGCUUUUACACUCGCAAAGCAGCAGAUGAAAUGGGAGGAGUUUCUCGUGCUGAAUUUGGUGAUAACCAGCAUGCUCAGUCGUUUGUGGGUAUUUUUCCGUGGUUUACUGGUCAGCCUAACCAAUCUGUACCAGCAGCUCCUCAAACUCCUGGAAGCUGUCGCCCAAGCCCAGCCGAUGCCCUACCUGACCGACAUGGUCUUGCCAGCAGAUAUGGUUGAGUUCCUGGGUCCCUCUGAUGCUUUCAUGCUGAAGAAGCAUCCAGCAUUUCACGCUUAUCUCAAAGAUCAGAAAGCGGAACCGCAAACAUGGAAGAAAGCCUCAUCUAAAUUCACAAACAAGAAACGGAUGAUAAUUGUUAAAGAAGACCUUGGGAUUUCUGUUGAAAGAGCUGUCAAUUUUGAUGCCUAUGUCCAGCUUUCUUUCAGCAAGAGUAAGUCUGUCUCAGAAGAAUUGAGUAAAAAUACCAAGAAAGAAAAGUUCAAGAAACAAGCAGGUGAAGCUACUACAUUUACACUCAUGUCUGCCAACCUGGAGGAGAUAAUUCAAUGGUGCAGAUCUAAAAGAAUGAGGAAGACACAAUGUCUCCUUACAUUCCUGCGAUUAAAGUGCCAAAAGAUGAAGUGUCUGGAAGCAGCAGGAUACAAUGUUCAGAGGAAGCUUCGGGUCUUCAGGCAAGAAGUGUGCCAGGCUUUAUCUCCCCAGGGAUCAGCAGGGAGGACUUUUCGUUUUCUGACUGCGACGAAGAGGAUGGCUGGCCAAAGAAGUCGUUUGCAAUCGCUCAGGAAAAGAUUUAUAGUAUCUAGAGCCAGGACUGAUUUAAAGACGACACAACUGCUUGGACGACAAAAAGAGACUGAGCUGCAGAUGUAUUUUAAAGAUAUUCAGAAAAGUAGAGCCACAAGCAGGACAGCAUUACAGAUCACUAACUCGGAUAGCAGUGAUGACAUAGAUGAUAUAUUUGCAAUUGCGGGCUUGUGACACUUUUAAAACCAAGACAACCGAGUUGACAAUGUAGAGUGAAGGUCAGUCCUCUGUGUAAAGUGCAUACAUGCUGCUAAGUGUAAUAUAAGAACAGAUAUAUUUACAUUUAACACCUGUUAAACCUUUGCACCUCAUCACAGAUUUGCAGAUGCAUCUCAAUAAAUUAGGAUAGAUUUGAAAAGUGACUUCUUUUUGUUGAGUUAAUUCAGAAAGUGAAACUCUAACUUUGUUAUUUUUAAUGACAAUGACAUACAGUUAAUGAAAAUGAUUUAUCCCAAGACCUUAA